GAGGAGCGGCGGCUGGACUGGCGGGCGGCCGCCUCGCAGGUGCACCUCGGGCUUUGUAGGUGCGAGCGUCUUUGUGCCGCGGACAAAUGGGGAGAGGACGAGGAGGUGGGCACUCAAGCGACGUAAGAUCCACAUCAGCUCAACUGCACUCGCCUCACAGAGGCCGCCCGCUCACUUUCCGCGGAGGCGCUCCCCGGCGCCGCGCUCCGCGGCAGCCGCCUGCCCCCGGCGCUGCCCCCGCCCGCCGUGCCGCCGCCACGCACGCCGCGCCCCGCAGCGCCAAGCUUCCUCCUCUCCGGGGUGGCUUUGGGCCCGCGCGGGCGCUCGGGUGACUGCAGCUGCUUCGGCUCCCCUCCCCCCGCCCCGCGCCGCGCGGUUGCCCGUCGCUUCGCACUGGGCUGGAUGGUUGCAUCGGGCAGGGUUGCUCCAGGAUGUUAGGGACUGUGAAGAUGGAAGGGCAUGAGAGCAGCGACUGGAACAGCUAUUACGCGGACACACAGGAGGGAAAUGAAUGAUGGUAGGGGGUACAUGGCCCUGGAUGAUUUGCUGUAUUUUAAGAAGAGUUUCAUUAACAGCCAUCUAGCACAAUCAAGACUGUUGUGUAGUCAAGCGGAGCCUGCUAGCCUUGGGUGAGGCCUACUCCUCCGUCCCAGUCAGCAACAUGAACUCAGGCCUAGGUUCCAUGAACUCCAUGAACACCUACAUGACCAUGAACACCAUGACCACGAGCGGCAACAUGACCCCGGCUUCCUUCAAUAUGUCCUACGCUAACCCGGGCCUCGGAGCCGGUCUGAGUCCCGGCGCUGUGACCGGCAUGCCAGGGGGCUCAGCGGGCGCCAUGAACAGCAUGACGGCAGCAGGAGUGACUGCCAUGGGGACGGCGCUGAGUCCAGGUGGCAUGAGCGCCAUGGGCGCGCAGCCGGCGGCCUCCAUGAAUGGCCUGGGCCCCUAUGCGGCCGCCAUGAACCCGUGCAUGAGCCCCAUGGCGUACGCUCCGUCCAACCUGGGCCGCAGCCGCGCGGGCGGAGGCGGCGACGCCAAGACGUUCAAGCGCAGCUACCCACACGCCAAGCCGCCCUACUCCUACAUCUCGCUCAUCACGAUGGCUAUCCAGCAGGCGCCCAGCAAGAUGCUCACGCUGAGCGAGAUCUACCAGUGGAUCAUGGACCUCUUCCCCUAUUACCGGCAGAACCAGCAGCGCUGGCAGAACUCCAUCCGCCACUCUCUCUCUUUCAACGACUGCUUCGUCAAAGUGGCACGAUCCCCGGACAAGCCAGGCAAGGGCUCUUACUGGACGCUGCAUCCGGACUCCGGCAACAUGUUCGAGAACGGCUGCUACCUGCGCCGUCAGAAGCGCUUCAAGUGCGAAAAGCAGCCAGGGGCCGGGGGAGGGAGUGGGGCCAGCGGCUCCAAGAGCGGCCCUGAAAGCCGCAAGGACCCCUCUGGCGCGGGUAACCCCAGCGCCGACUCGCCUCUUCAUCGGGGUGUGCACGGGAAGGCCGGCCAGCUAGAGGGCGCGCCGGCCCCUGGGCCCGCCGCCAGCCCCCAGACUCUGGACCACAGCGGGGCGACGGCGACAGGGGGCGCCUCGGAGUUGAAGACUCCAGCCUCCUCGUCGGCUCCCCCCAUAAGCUCCGGGCCUGGGGCCCUGGCAUCUGUGCCCCCCUCUCAUCCAGCGCAUGGCCUAGCACCCCACGAGUCUCAGAUGCACCUGAAAGGGGAUCCCCACUACUCCUUCAAUCACCCCUUCUCCAUCAACAACCUCAUGUCCUCCUCCGAGCAGCAGCACAAGCUGGACUUCAAGGCAUAUGAGCAGGCACUGCAGUACUCACCCUACGGCGCCACCUUGCCCGCCAGCCUGCCCCUUGGCAGCGCCUCUGUGGCCACGAGGAGCCCCAUCGAGCCCUCAGCCCUGGAGCCGGCCUACUACCAAGGUGUGUAUUCCAGACCCGUCCUAAACACUUCCUAGCUUCCGGGACUGGGGGUUUGUCUGCAUGGCCAUGCUGGUAGCAGUGAGAGAAAAAAACAAAAAACAACAGCAAACAAAACCACACACACCAACAACAGCAUAAUAAAAUCCCAACUAUUUUAAUUUUUCGUGCACAAUUUUCCCCCAGUGGAAAGGACUGUUACUUUAUUAUUGUAUUCAAAACUCGUUGUGUAUAUUAUUACCAACCCCGCACCAACAAAAAUUUUUCCUGCGAAGUUUAAUGAUCCACAAGUGUACAUAUAAAAUUUUCCUUCUUCCUUGCCCUCUUCCCUUUCUUCCGUCUUUCCCUUCCAGACACAUUCUAGUCUGUGCAGGGUAUAUUUAAACAAAAAGAAAGAAAAAUGGUCAAGUUUGUAAAAUAUUUGUUUGUGCUUUUUCUCCCCUCCUUAUCUGACCCCAACGCACGAGUUUACAGGUCCAUGGCAAUACUCUUAACCAUAAGAAUUGAAAUGGUGAAGAAACAAGUAGACACCAGGGGCUCUAGAAAGUAUUGAAAGACUACCGCAGUUAUGCAACAAAACAUAAACAGAAUAUAAACAUCAGAGCCAUUUGUUUUUCAGCUUACAUUUCUGAUCCAGAAAGCAGUGGACUUUAAAUGAAAUAUAUAUAUAUAUACUGUCUAUGGACUUAAUUAUGCUCAGAUAUGUAGACAUUCUCCAUAUAUUUACAUAACAUAUAGAGGUUAAUAGGUAGGUAAUAUACAUUCUACAUUGUUAAGGGUUGCCUGACCAAGAAGUUAUAAGGACCCUACCCCUCUUGUUCUCUCCCCAUAUCUGGGGCCUAGGAAUCAAUUCCUCAGGAAUUGCCCUUGUCAAGAACUCUGCUCCUUGAUUUGCAGAGUGCCAUGGUCAUGUCAUUCUGAGGUCACAUAAUGUAUAAAAUUAUCUUAUGUGUAUGUACACCAUUUAAAGGAUAUUUUUCCCACAAAAACAGAAUAUCACAAUGUUGGAAAAGAGAGAAGUUAAUAGGGAGCUGUAUUUCAAAAAUUGGUCCAAGACUCCAAAAUCGUAUUGAUUGUGGCCAUUUUAAUUAUUGCCAUCGUGUGCUUGUUUCAUCCAGUGUUAAUGCACUUUCCACAGUUGGAUAUGGUGUUAGUAUAGCCAGACGGGUUUCAUUAUUAUUCCUUUUUGCCUUCUCAAUGUUAAUUUAUUGCAUGGUUUAUUCUUUUCUUUACAGCCGAAAUUGCUUUAAAUGAUGGUUAAAAUUACAAUUAAAAUGUUAAUUUUUAUCAAUGUGAUUGUAAUUAAAAUAUUUUGAUUUAAAUAACAAAAAUAAUACCAGAUUUUAAGCCGUGGAAUAUGUUCUUGAUCAUUUGCAGUUAAGGACUUUAAAUAAAUCAAAUGUUAACAACAAAAAAAAGGAUUUCUCUCAUUUUCCUUCACUUGACUAAAUCCACAGCAGAUCUUCUGAAUAUAAUACUUUUCAAACUUUGAAACAAUAUGAAUGACAAACAGGAAAAUUAUGUAAAACAAAAAUUGUUUCAUCUACGAUUUAAAUGAACGUGCGGUCAUUAAAAGGCAGUGAAAGAAAUUAAAGUGGGCAGGCAGACUGAUUUAAAUAGUCCAAAAUUUCAGAUUUUUAAAAUUCUUUAUUCCCAUUAAGGUUUACUCCAAUUUUCUUGCACGGCCUUUUUUUGUGUGUUUUAUUUCAGUUUUUCCACUGUGAAAUAAAAUAUUGCUAAUUUUCCAACUUCCCCAAUGUAUACUUUUCCCCUUAUCAGAGAAUAUUCAAGUGAGAA